AUGCCUGCUCCGAUCAGCGACCAGUCCCCGUUCGUCAUCCUCGAAACCACUAUGGGCAAAGUGGCGCUCGAAUUGUAUUGGAAUCAUGCCCCGCGCACUUGUCAGAACUUUUCGCAGCUGGCAAAGAGGAAUUAUUAUAAUGGAACCAUCUUUCAUCGUAUCAUCGCCGACUUCAUGAUCCAGGGAGGGGAUCCGUCCGGAACUGGACGUGGUGGAGCAUCUAUCUACGGAGACAAGUUUGCUGAUGAGAUCGACGAGCGCCUGAAGCACACAGGUGCUGGGAUCCUGUCAAUGGCCAACGCAGGACCGAACACGAACGGAUCUCAGUUCUUCGUCACCCUGGCUCCCACUCAACAUCUUGAUGGAAAGCACACAAUUUUCGGAAGAGUGGCAGCUGGAAUGAAAGUGAUCGCGAAUAUAGGAAGAGUGGAUACUGACAACCACGACCGUCCGAAGACCGAAAUUCGAAUCAUCAAAGCCUACCCAUCAGAUACAUCAACCCUCUCGUAG